AAAGGGGGCGGGGGAACUCGACUUGUUGUGUUGCUGCUCGAGAGCCGGAUACUGUCGUCCUGCGGCCGUGCCGCUUCCAGUCUCCAGACCAUGUCUCACUUAGUCGAGCCGCCGCCGCCCUUGCACAACAACAACAACAACUGCGAGGAAGGGGAGCAGCCCCUGCCGCCGCCCGCUGGCCUCAACAGUUCCUGGGUGGAGCUACCCAUGAACAGCAGCAAUGGCAAUGAUAAUGGAAAUGGGAAGAAUGGGGGGCUGGAGCACGUUCCUUCCUCGUCUUCCAUCCACAAUGGAGACAUGGAGAAGAUCCUUCUGGAUGCACAGCAUGAGUCGGGACAGAGCAGCUCAAGAGGCAGUUCUCACUGUGACAGCCCUUCACCACAAGAAGAUGGGCAGAUCAUGUUUGAUGUUGAGAUGCAUACCAGCAGGGACCAUAGCUCUCAGUCAGAAGAAGAAGUUGUAGAAGGAGAAAAGGAAGUUGAGGCUUUGAAGAAAAGUGCAGACUGGGUAUCAGACUGGUCCAGUAGACCUGAAAACAUCCCACCCAAAGAGUUCCAUUUCAGGCACCCUAAACGUGCUGCAUCUCUAAGCAUGAGGAAGAGUGGAGCCAUGAAGAAAGGGGGCAUUUUCUCUGCAGAGUUCCUAAAAGUCUUCAUCCCAUCUCUCUUCCUUUCUCAUGUGCUGGCCUUGGGGCUGGGCAUCUAUAUUGGAAAACGACUGAGCACACCUUCUGCCAGCACCUACUGAGGGAGACGAAAAGCCCCUGGAAAUCCGUGUGACCUGUGAAGUGGUUAUUGUAGUUUGAAUUUGAGACCUAUUGUAAGCAUGAUCCCCACCUACAACCCUAUUUUUACAUACCCAAUUCCAGUAACUCUCAAAUCCAGUAUUUUACUCAAACUCUGUUGGGGCAUUUUACUAAUAACCUUGUUCCCUUUUUGGCCUGUAAGACACUUUAGAGUUUCCUAACAGAGUUUACUGUUGUUUAGAAAUUUGCAAGGGCUUUUUUUCAGCAAUGCCACCAGCAGAUUAUAAUCUUGUCAACAGUGCAUUGUCUCCUCUUAGUACCACCAGUCACCUGCAUCAUUCAUGCUAGAAGCUGUGUUCUAGCCAUGCAGUUACAUCUCUUUCUAAAUGAGGUCAGGUUUGCAAAUAAUACUAUAAAAGCUUUGUUUAGUCUUUGUUUUGUUUUCCAGGACAAAAACAAGCUUCCCUAAGCUUGAAUUUAUAGUUAUAAAAUGAAAACAAAACCAAAAAAAAAAGCAAGACACAAGGAAAAAAUAUCCUGGGCAAUAAAAAUUACUUUGAAACCA